GUUCUACAAACAUCCAUCAUCGAAUGAAUUUUCAAAAUUGCCUAUUAACGGGAAAACGUUACGUAUAGACAAGUUGGGUGUAGGCGAUGCUGGUGCAUACAAAUGUGAGGCUAAUAAUACGAAAGGCUUCGACUCAGCGGAUUUUCAAGUAUUUGUCUUAUAUCCUCCAUACAUAAGUACGGGUUUAGAAAAAGCUUCUGUCAUAGUCGGGAACCCUGUUACUAUAGACUGUGACGUCAGCGGCUUACCUUCACCAAGUGUGCGAUGGUUUCACGAAGGGCGGGAAAUCACAAGCGGUGGGCGAUACAAAAUUUACAGAAAUCAUAAGUUAAGUUUCAUUGCAACUGUUAGCGACACGGGUGUGUACAAAUGUGUAGCAUCUAAUCGCCUUGGCGACGCCAUUAAAGAGGUUCAUGUAGAUGUUACUGUUUUUAUUCCAGCAUCAAUAAAGCCACCACUUAGACGCGUGUAUGAAUUGGGUGUCGGCAGUAGCGUUCGUUUGGACUGUGUCGCCGAAGGAACACCAAAACCAACAGUGGAAUGGUUGUAUAAGCCUUUCCUUGGCUGCUGUGAGAAAAUAAUAAGCGCAACCUUUGAUAAUAAUACAUAUGCAUUGGACCACAUAAUAGUCGAACAAGCGGGUUAUUACAUUUGCACAGCCCAGAACAGCAAUGACGAUGUCAAAAUAUACUAUGAAGUUUAUGUUGAAGCUCCUCCAUCGAUUGUGAAUAAUUUUAUUUCGAGAAAAUUUACGGCUGUUGUUGGAGAUAUAUCUUUGAAAAUACCUUGUUACACCACCGGACAUCCGAAGCCGGAUAUUUUAUGGAUGAAAGAUGGAUUACCUCUUGCUUUAGGUACAAAUUAUUUCGUCGAAAAUGGAACAUUAAUAAUAAGAGACAUAGAUAUUGGUGUUGCGGGUAGUCUGAUCUGCAACGCGACAAACAAGUUUGGAAAUGCAAGUGAGACAUUUGACGUUGACGUUUUAUAUGCUCCAUCGAUUGUGAAUGAUUUAACUUCGAGAAAAUUAACGGCUGUUGUUGGAGAUAGAUCUUUGGAAAUACACUGUAACGCCACCGGAAAUCCGAAACCAGACAUUUUAUGGAUGAAAGAUGGAUUACCUCUUACUCUAGGUACAAAUUAUUUCGUCGAAAAUGGAACAUUAAUAAUAAGAGACAUAGAUAUUGGUGUUGCGGGUAGUCUGAUCUGCAACGCGACAAACAAGUUUGGAAAUGCAAGUGAGACAUUUGACGUUGACGUUUUAUAUGCUCCAUCGAUUGUGAAUGAUUUAACUUCGAGAAGAUUAACGGCUGUUGUUGGAGAUAGAUCUUUGGAAAUACACUGUAACGCCACCGGAAAUCCGAAACCAGACAUUUUAUGGAUGAAAGAUGGAUUACCUCUUACUCUAGGUACAAAUUAUUUCGUCGAAAAUGGAACAUUAAUAAUAAGAGACAUAGAUAUUGGUGUUGCGGGUAGUCUGAUCUGCAACGCGACAAACAAGUUUGGAAAUGCAAGUGAGACAUUUGACGUUGACGUUUUAUAUGCUCCAUCGAUUGUGAAUGAUUUAACUUCGAGAAAAUUAACGGCUGUUGUUGGAGAUAGAUCUUUGGAAAUACACUGUAACGCCACCGGAAAUCCGAAACCAGACAUUUUAUGGAUGAAAGAUGGAUUACCUCUUACUCUAGGUACAAAUUAUUUCGUCGAAAAUGGAACAUUAAUAAUAAGAGACAUAGAUAUUGGUGUUGCGGGUAGUCUGAUCUGCAACGCGACAAACAAGUUUGGAAAUGCAAGUGAGACAUUUGACGUUGACGUUUUAUAUGCUCCAUCGAUUGUGAAUGAUUUAACUUCGAGAAGAUUAACGGCUGUUGUUGGAGAUAGAUCUUUGGAAAUACACUGUAACGCCACCGGAAAUCCGAAACCAGACAUUUUAUGGAUGAAAGAUGGAUUACCUCUUACUCUAGGUACAAAUUAUUUCGUCGAAAAUGGAACAUUAAUAAUAAGAGACAUAGAUAUUGGUGUUGCGGGUAGUCUGAUCUGCAACGCGACAAACAAGUUUGGAAAUGCAAGUGAGACAUUUGACGUUGACGUUUUAUAUGCUCCAUCGAUUGUGAAUGAUUUAACUUCGAGAAGAUUAACGGCUGUUGUUGGAGAUAGAUCUUUGGAAAUACACUGUAACGCCACCGGAAAUCCGAAACCAGACAUUUUAUGGAUGAAAGAUGGAUUACCUCUUACUCUAGGUACAAAUUAUUUCGUCGAAAAUGGAACAUUAAUAAUAAGAGACAUAGAUAUUGGUGUUGCGGGUAGUCUGAUCUGCAACGCGACAAACAAGUUUGGAAAUGCAAGUGAGACAUUUGACGUUGACGUUUUAUAUGCUCCAUCGAUUGUGAAUGAUUUAACUUCGAGAAGAUUAACGGCUGUUGUUGGAGAUAGAUCUUUGGAAAUACACUGUAACGCCACCGGAAAUCCGAAACCAGACAUUUUAUGGAUGAAAGAUGGAUUACCUCUUACUCUAGGUACAAAUUAUUUCGUCGAAAAUGGAACAUUAAUAAUAAGAGACAUAGAUAUUGGUGUUGCGGGUAGUCUGAUCUGCAACGCGACAAACAAGUUUGGAAAUGCAAGUGAGACAUUUGACGUUGACGUUUUAUAUGCUCCAUCGAUUGUGAAUGAUUUAACUUCGAGAAGAUUAACGGCUGUUGUUGGAGAUAGAUCUUUGGAAAUACACUGUAACGCCACCGGAAAUCCGAAACCAGACAUUUUAUGGAUGAAAGAUGGAUUACCUCUUACUCUAGGUACAAAUUAUUUCGUCGAAAAUGGAACAUUAAUAAUAAGAGACAUAGAUAUUGGUGUUGCGGGUAGUCUGAUCUGCAACGCGACAAACAAGUUUGGAAAUGCAAGUGAGACAUUUGACGUUGACGUUUUAUAUGCUCCAUCGAUUGUGAAUGAUUUAACUUCGAGAAGAUUAACGGCUGUUGUUGGAGAUAGAUCUUUGGAAAUACACUGUAACGCCACCGGAAAUCCGAAACCAGACAUUUUAUGGAUGAAAGAUGGAUUACCUCUUACUCUAGGUACAAAUUAUUUCGUCGAAAAUGGAACAUUAAUAAUAAGAGACAUAGAUAUUGGUGUUGCGGGUAGUCUGAUCUGCAACGCGACAAACAAGUUUGGAAAUGCAAGUGAGACAUUUGACGUUGACGUUUUAUAUGCUCCAUCGAUUGUGAAUGAUUUAACUUCGAGAAAAUUAACGGCUGUUGUUGGAGAUAGAUCUUUGGAAAUACACUGUAACGCCACCGGAAAUCCGAAACCAGACAUUUUAUGGAUGAAAGAUGGAUUACCUCUUACUCUAGGUACAAAUUAUUUCGUCGAAAAUGGAACAUUAAUAAUAAGAGACAUAGAUAUUGGUGUUGCGGGUAGUCUGAUCUGCAACGCGACAAACAAGUUUGGAAAUGCAAGUGAGACAUUUGACGUUGACGUUUUAUAUGCUCCAUCGAUUGUGAAUGAUUUAACUUCGAGAAAAUUAACGGCUGUUGUUGGAGAUAGAUCUUUGGAAAUACACUGUAACGCCACCGGAAAUCCGAAACCAGACAUUUUAUGGAUGAAAGAUGGAUUACCUCUUACUCUAGGUACAAAUUAUUUCGUCGAAAAUGGAACAUUAAUAAUAAGAGACAUAGAUAUUGGUGUUGCGGGUAGUCUGAUCUGCAACGCGACAAACAAGUUUGGAAAUGCAAGUGAGACAUUUGACGUUGACGUUUUAUAUGCUCCAUCGAUUGUGAAUGAUUUAACUUCGAGAAGAUUAACGGCUGUUGUUGGAGAUAGAUCUUUGGAAAUACACUGUAACGCCACCGGAAAUCCGAAACCAGACAUUUUAUGGAUGAAAGAUGGAUUACCUCUUACUCUAGGUACAAAUUAUUUCGUCGAAAAUGGAACAUUAAUAAUAAGAGAUAUAGAUAUUGGUGUUGCGGGUAGUCUGAUCUGCAACGCGACAAACAAGUUUGGAAAUGCAAGUGAGACAUUUGACGUUGACGUUUUAUAUGCUCCAUCGAUUGUGAAUGAUUUAACUUCGAGAAGAUUAACGGCUGUUGUUGGAGAUAGAUCUUUGGAAAUACACUGUAACGCCACCGGAAAUCCGAAACCAGACAUUUUAUGGAUGAAAGAUGGAUUACCUCUUACUCUAGGUACAAAUUAUUUCGUCGAAAAUGGAACAUUAAUAAUAAGAGACAUAGAUAUUGGUGUUGCGGGUAGUCUGAUCUGCAACGCGACAAACAAGUUUGGAAAUGCAAGUGAGACAUUUGACGUUGACGUUUUAUAUGCUCCAUCGAUUGUGAAUGAUUUAACUUCGAGAAGAUUAACGGCUGUUGUUGGAGAUAGAUCUUUGGAAAUACACUGUAACGCCACCGGAAAUCCGAAACCAGACAUUUUAUGGAUGAAAGAUGGAUUACCUCUUACUCUAGGUACAAAUUAUUUCGUCGAAAAUGGAACAUUAAUAAUAAGAGACAUAGAUAUUGGUGUUGCGGGUAGUCUGAUCUGCAACGCGACAAACAAGUUUGGAAAUGCAAGUGAGACAUUUGACGUUGACGUUUUAUAUGCUCCAUCGAUUGUGAAUGAUUUAACUUCGAGAAGAUUAACGGCUGUUGUUGGAGAUAGAUCUUUGGAAAUACACUGUAACGCCACCGGAAAUCCGAAACCAGACAUUUUAUGGAUGAAAGAUGGAUUACCUCUUACUCUAGGUACAAAUUAUUUCGUCGAAAAUGGAACAUUAAUAAUAAGAGACAUAGAUAUUGGUGUUGCGGGUAGUCUGAUCUGCAACGCGACAAACAAGUUUGGAAAUGCAAGUGAGACAUUUGACGUUGACGUUUUAUAUGCUCCAUCGAUUGUGAAUGAUUUAACUUCGAGAAAAUUAACGGCUGUUGUUGGAGAUAGAUCUUUGGAAAUACACUGUAACGCCACCGGAAAUCCGAAACCAGACAUUUUAUGGAUGAAAGAUGGAUUACCUCUUACUCUAGGUACAAAUUAUUUCGUCGAAAAUGGAACAUUAAUAAUAAGAGACAUAGAUAUUGGUGUUGCGGGUAGUCUGAUCUGCAACGCGACAAACAAGUUUGGAAAUGCAAGUGAGACAUUUGACGUUGACGUUUUAUAUGCUCCAUCGAUUGUGAAUGAUUUAACUUCGAGAAAAUUAACGGCUGUUGUUGGAGAUAGAUCUUUGGAAAUACACUGUAACGCCACCGGAAAUCCGAAACCAGACAUUUUAUGGAUGAAAGAUGGAUUACCUCUUACUCUAGGUACAAAUUAUUUCGUCGAAAAUGGAACAUUAAUAAUAAGAGACAUAGAUAUUGGUGUUGCGGGUAGUCUGAUCUGCAACGCGACAAACAAGUUUGGAAAUGCAAGUGAGACAUUUGACGUUGACGUUUUAUAUGCUCCAUCGAUUGUGAAUGAUUUAACUUCGAGAAGAUUAACGGCUGUUGUUGGAGAUAGAUCUUUGGAAAUACACUGUAACGCCACCGGAAAUCCGAAACCAGACAUUUUAUGGAUGAAAGAUGGAUUACCUCUUACUCUAGGUACAAAUUAUUUCGUCGAAAAUGGAACAUUAAUAAUAAGAGAUAUAGAUAUUGGUGUUGCGGGUAGUCUGAUCUGCAACGCGACAAACAAGUUUGGAAAUGCAAGUGAGACAUUUGACGUUGACGUUUUAUAUGCUCCAUCGAUUGUGAAUGAUUUAACUUCGAGAAAAUUAACGGCUGUUGUUGGAGAUAGAUCUUUGGAAAUACACUGUAACGCCACCGGAAAUCCGAAACCAGACAUUUUAUGGAUGAAAGAUGGAUUACCUCUUACUCUAGGUACAAAUUAUUUCGUCGAAAAUGGAACAUUAAUAAUAAGAGACAUAGAUAUUGGUGUUGCGGGUAGUCUGAUCUGCAACGCGACAAACAAGUUUGGAAAUGCAAGUGAGACAUUUGACGUUGACGUUUUAUCAUCACCAGAGCUUGACAUCGUGACGAACGAACUUUGUAUACAUAAAGACAAAAUAAGCGACAUCGAGUGUACAUUGCCGCACAGUACAGUGGACUCAGUCCGAUGGUAUAAGGGUAAAAGUUUACUACCUGACACCACUUUGACUUUGUUUGGAAAACCAACCGAAUCAGACGUAUACACAUGCAGAGUCAGCAAUGUUUCGGAGUAUAACAAUUAUCAAAUUAAGAUCUCUAUUUGCUUAGCUCCAGAGUUUGUUGCGAACGAGCUUACAAUGAUCGAUUCUGUGGAAAACAAUGAUGUUCUUAGUUGUGAGACGGCAGGCUACCCUACACCACAGAUAAUUGAAAAAGAUCCAGCAGUGGCCGGUGAUUUUACAGAAACAGCAGAAAGCAACAGCGAAUCAAAUCUAGAUAUUAAGGCAUCUACUGACGUAUCAUUUCAAUAUGGAUUUUUAGUUAUAUCCCCGUCAACUGUAGAGGAUUGCAAGAAGGCUGUUCCAAGGCCCGUAGCAGGUGAAAAAACACAUCUAACUAUUGAGUUAUCUUAUAAUAGAAAUGAUGUGGAACUACAAUCUGCCGAAAUACUGGACUUGAAAGGAAAUUUAUUAGAAAAAUAUCCACUUCGCAUAAUUAAAAAGGGAGACAAUUUUUAUGUGACAGACGAGUUUAUUUCACCAAGUGACAUGUUUAGAAUCACUGUUAAUGGCAUCGUCACAUCGACAAAAGAAAACAUAAGAAGAGAUGCCACAACAGCUGUUGACCCUUGGAAUAAAAAAUCUGGAACUGACAGUGAAAAAGAAGUGAUGCCAAUAAUAGCGGUAUUGAAAAUCACAAACAAUGAGAAAACCUCAAAAAUUCAAAUAACCUGCAAUGUUAAAGGUUUUCCUGAACCGGAGAUUACUUUGUUUGACGCUGCUGGCGUAUUUUAUACUGGCCAUAAAAUAUCAAACAACGUAUCAUCGUACGUCAGUAUAUUUGAAACAAUGAACGAUCUAGACAAUAUUUUUAUUUGUAAAGCAACUAAUUUGAUGGGAUUGGAUGAAAAAUCGAUUGCUUUCAAACCUUUGUCAGAAGCUCCGAAGAUCGAUGCAUAUGUAAAUGAGUAUUUCAAAGAGUGGGGGCAAAGUCUAAACAUAUUUUGCAGGGUUACAAAAGGAAAACCAAAGCCUUCCAUCCAAUGGUUCUACAAACAUCGAUUAUCGAAUAAAUUUACGAAAUUGCCGAUUACCGGAAAAACGUUACAUAUAAACAAGUUGGGUAUAGGGGAUACUGGUAUAUACAAAUGUAAAGCUUAUAAUCCGAAAGGCUUCGAUUCAGCCGACAUACAAGUGUAUGUCCUACAUCCUCCAUACAUACUUACGGGUUUGGACAAAGCUUCUGUCAUAGUCGGAGAACUUGUUAGUAUAGACUGUGACGUCAUUGGCUUACCUUUACCAAGUGUGAGAUGGUUUUACGAAGGGUGGGAAAUCACUAGCGGUGGGCGAUACAACAUUUACAGAAAUCAUACCUUAAGUUUCAUUGCAACUAUUAGCGAUACGGGUGUGUACAAAUGUGAAGCAUCUAAUCGCCUCGGCGACGCCAAUAAAGAGGUUCAUGUAGAUGUUACUGUUUUUAUUCCAGCAUCAAUAAAGCCACCACAUAGACGCGUAUAUGAAUUGGGUGUCGGCAGUAGCGUUCGUUUGGACUGUGUCGCCGAAGGAACACCAAAACCAACAGUCAAAUGGUUGUAUAAGCCUUUCCUGGGUUGCUGUGAGAAAAUAAUAAGCUCAACCUUUGAUAAUAAUACAUAUGCAUUGGACAACAUAUUACUCAAACAAGCGGGUUAUUACAUUUGCACAGCACAGAACAGCAAUGACGAUGUCAAAAUAUACUAUGAAGUUUAUGUUGAUGCUCCCCCAUCGAUUGUGAAUAAUUUUAUUUCGAGAAAAUUUACGGCUGUUGUUGGAGAUAUAUCUUUGAAAAUACCUUGUUACGCCACCGGACAUCCGAAGCCGGAUAUUUUAUGGAUGAAAGAUGGAUUACCUCUUGCUUUGGGUACAAAUUAUUUCGUCGAAAAUAGAACAUUAAUAAUAAGAGACAUAGAUAGUGGUGUUGCGGGUAGUCUGAUCUGCAAAGCGACAAACAAGUUUGGAGUUGCAAGUGAGAUAUUUGAAGUUGACAUUUUAUCAUCACCAGAGCUUGAUGUCGUGACGAACGAACUGUGUAUACAUAAAGAUAAAAUAAGUGACAUCAAGUGUAAAUUGCCACACAGUAAAUUGGACUCAGUGCGAUGGUAUAAGGGUAAAAGUUUACUACCUGACACUACUUUGACUUUGUUUGGAAGACCGACCGAAUCAGACGUAUACACAUGCAGAGUCAGCAAUCUUUUGGAGUCUAACAAUUAUCAAAUUAAGAUCUCUGUAUGCUUAGCUCCAGAGUUUGUUACGAACGAGCUUACAACAAUCGAUUACGUGGAAGACUAUGAUGUGUUGCUAAGUUGUGAGGCGACAGGCUACCCUACACCUCAGAUGGUGUGGUAUCACAAUGAACGAAAAUUACGCAACACGGAGAUAUAUCUACGUACAAAAGAUUUCGGGACAUUCAUCUGUGAAGUGAGUAAUGCGUUUGGAGAAAUCACGCGUACUUAUAGCAUUGUGGCUCCUAAUUGCACACUAGAUGUCAGGAGUCAUUUUGCGAAACCAGAACCCUUAUUGUUAACCGGAACAAUCAAUAAAUCAAAAUAUAUACCAAGAUUUGACGUGGUCGAUUAUAAAGUUAACAUACCCAAAAGAGAAACUAUUUUCUUGCACUGCCGAAACAGCUACGUCGAAUAUCACGGAAUUAACUUGGGUGAAUCCAUCAACGCUGUAUGCGAUAAAGAUUCCAUUUUUAAAACCAACAUACAAGACAUAGACUACAGAGAUGUAAAGUGUCACGAACCCGUUAAAGCCUCUUUUAGAAACUCGCGUAUCAAAUGCAGCUUUGCAUCAAGAAGAAAUACAAUAAUCAUGGUUGGUUAUGAAGUUAACUCUCAGUUUUUGGCCAUCUAUGAAGUGUGCUUUAACAUAGAUACAAGAUUACCGAUAUAUAUUCGAAAUGUCAUACACAAAUCUUGCGCUAAUUUGAUGCCAUCUAUAGACUUUGAAGGCGAUAGUUUUAUGCAAUUUCAUUUUGAUUCCUUGUAUGACUGUGAUAAGCAAAACAACCAUAUUUCAAAAUCUACUUGGACAGACUUUUAUAGACAUGGUGGAUGUUUUGAAAAACAACAGAUGGUCAAUCCCAAAGAUCUAUUUCCCGGAAUGCAAGCAAUUGCUUUCAAAUAUAUGAACGUUGCACCUCAAUGGAGUCACUACAAAGUGAAUUGGGCGGAAAUUGAGCGUCGUGUAGUUGCAUUGGAAAGGACAAUGGAUCACGGACUUAAUGUAUGGAGUGGAGUUUCAGAACAACUGUCGAUGCCUACACCGUUUAAAAUUAAUACUUAUAUUACUAUAUCUGAUAGAUAUGGGCGGUUAAUAGCAGUGCCUAAGUAUUUCUGGAAGAUUGUUUGCGAUAUGGAAAAGAAGGCAUGCGUCGUUAUAGUACAAGUGAAUAGUCCAGAAAUCUCUUCACGAGAAGAUGCUGAGAAAUUCGUGCUAUGCAAUGACAUUUGUGACAGUAUCGGUUGGCUGAAAAACCCUGAUUGGAAAGACUACACAAAGGGCUACACAUAUUGCUGUAAUUACAAAGAAUUCAAUAAAAAAUUCAACAGUAUUUGCUAUAUUAAAGACGUAAAUAGAGUUUUAGUUUAAAAUAUUUACA